AUGAAGCUCUAUCGAGCAGAGACGGGCAAGCGCGUGGUUAUACCUCAGCUUCGGCCCAAUGACGGACUCGACACAUUGCGCCUUGCAAUUGAAAAGGCGACCAGGGUCCCGCAAGGCUCUCAGAUCCUGAUGACUUCUGAUGGCCUGCAACUGAAGUCCGAUAUGAUGUUCGACGCCAUCACAUCAACUGGCAAGGAUGAAUACACCAUUAUGGUCUACAACAGAGAGGUCCUCACGACGGACAUCUCCAGCAGCAUCCUCACACUCACGGAACAAGCACGGACAGAACCAACCAUCCUCGCACUUACUGUAUCGCAACUAGAGGCAACAAUAACACCCUCUCGACCAGAAUCACCUUCGGCAAACAGGGCAUGGGGUAGUCGGUUUCAGCGGACCUUUGAAGCCUACGUCGACCAUAUCAUGGCUUAUUACAAGGCCAUUGUGGCUCAUGCUGGAGUGUGUGAACGGAUUAUGGAGGAGCUGAGGAUGCAGUCCUUGGCUGUGCAAGUCGCCUUGACCAACUUGGACGCUCACAGUCGGUCUGUACUGGAGACGUUUGAAAAGUUCAAUGCCUUUGCUACCAAGGAACUCACAAAGCAAGCGCGACUCCUUCAAUCAUUUCCUCGGGACAUUGAGGCCCUUCGACAAAUCAGAGUUCACCCUGCGCUACUUCCACCUGACUCACCGGAACGGUACAUCUCCGACUUUAUCCCGACCGACAAACUCAUUCUGUGGGCGGAGCGCUGUCGAGAAAUCCACGAGGAGCUUCUUCGGGACGGGAAGAACUUGUCCAAGUCGAUCAAAGAGGUGCAGGAAGGCACCGUUGCUAUCCGCAGCAACAGCGGCAUCAAUCUUGCACAGCUGGAGAGCGCAAUGGAAGAUAUCCUUCACACUGUUGAGCAACAAAGUCAGAUCCGACAAUGCGCUGAGCGAGAUCAAUCGCGAGUCAAGGAACGCGUCUUGGAGAUCUCUAGGGCUGAAGGAUUUUCAGGAUCGGCGUCAACGCUGGAGGCACUGGGACGUCUGGCAGAGGUCUACAAAACCGACUACAUCGCCACGUCUCACCAGUCGGACGAAAUGUUGCGGGACAAGCUUAGCAUUUUUAUUUCCGCCAAGCGAUCGCAGACCGCCAACCUCAUCUCCCAGCUGAUGCAUAUUUCCAAACUGCAGUCCACCAUCGCCAGUAUACCGCCCAAUCUUGCCAGCUUAGACGAUGCACUUCGCAAACGAGAUGCUGACUUUAGCCAGCUUGUGUAUGUUCAGCGGAUCCCAAUCGCAUACGGUGCCCUUGUGGUCGAGAUUGUACGUCGACGGGAGUACGCAAGACUCCUUCUCCAAAAGUCCCAGCAGUUAGCCGAGGUCAUGUCCCGAUUCAGACAAAUGGAGCAGAGGCGGCGAGACUCAUUCCGAACUGAGGUCGCCAAAUUUGUGCCUGUCGUUGUCCCAGGACUGGACGAUGUGCCGCCAUUCUGCGAGAUCAACGCUCUCCACACCCGCGACCGACUCCCGCCCUUCACCAGAGAACAUGUCACAGAGUUCGAGCGCCUUGUGAAUCAGCUGAGUGUCGGACUGGGAGGACAAGGAUCGGAAACCGCCGAGAGUCACGUCUUGGGAGCUGACCAAUCCAUGGCAGGAGCGAGCUCCAUCAGCGGCGAGUCCAAUCAGGAUGCUCUUUCGAAACUGCGAGUAACCCUUGUCAAGAUGACGGCUCAGAUGGAUGUCAUGGGCGGCGAGUUUGACAGGAUUCUCGAGAAGAGCUUCUUGACAGAGAAGAUCCAGAGAUUGGAAGAGGACAAUGCCAAGCUUCGAGCGGACAUGUCGCGCGUUGAUAUUCAGCAGCGUUCAGGAACUCCUCAAUUGGCUCAGCUCCCAUAUCCACGUCAUAACACACCAGUGGGAGGUGCCGGUGGCUCUGUCGGUGCAGGAUCUUCGACGGCUGUUGCUGCUGGAGGGGCAUCUGCAAACAUACCGGCCUCGCCCAAUCUGAGUAGACAGCCCUCGCGAGGAGGAAGCAGCAGUAAUGCUGGACGUAGCGCGGAGACCGAUGACCAACAGCCGGGCUUGCAACAGCAAGUUCAACAGAAUCAGCGCCUCACAAAGGAGAAUGGCGAACUCGCAAGCAAGAUCAAAGCUUAUGAGGCUAGGAUUCGGUCACUUGAGGAUUUGCUGUACCAGAACUUCCGUACUGGAUCCAGUGCCGAUUCUUCGGUUUCGAGCAAGGAAUCUCGCCAUCAUCUGUCCGUCUCCCCCAACUCUGACCAGCCCUGGAAGGAUCCGGAGGAUAUCCAAGCCGCCCGCACCCAAUCGCAAGCCAAGGAACAGGAGCGGAAGCGUGAUGAGGAGCGGUUGGUGAGUCUGGAACAGGAAGUACAGGAAAAGGCUCAGCAGUUGGAGCAAGCAGAGGUGAAACUCCGUCACGAGCGCGCCCACAACGAACAGGCUACCGCUCUUCGUCAAGAACUCUUGGAACUCAAGUUGCUUUCAGCGACGUCUGAGGAAACAUCGGAUGACAACUCUGUCAGCACCACCGCGAUCCAACGUCGAUCUGACGAGCUCGAGCUGGAGCUGAAAGGAAUGAUCACCAAAUACGACCACCUCCUUCAGCACCACGAGAAGGAGACCGAGGUUCAGGCGGUUGAGACAAAGGCAUUCAAGGAACGGAUCGAUGAACUCACCAACCAGAUGGCACUGGAGAAGGAAAUUCUCGAAGGUCAACUCGAUCAGGUCAAACGAUCCGCAGAAGAGGCCUCGGAGAGGGUGGUCGAGCUGGAGAAUGAACUCGAGGUCGUCAACGAGGAGCUGCAGAACAAGGUUCUAGAACUCGAGGAGGAGCUGGAGAAUCAUGCUGCGGAGCACAAGGACGUCACGGCUCGCGCAGAAGAGCAGGAGAGACAACUCGAGUCACACCGUGCUGUGCAUGAUGAUAUUCUGGCCCAGUUGAAGGAUCGCGAGAAGGAACUCACCACCGCAUUGGAGGAUGGUCAAGCGGCCAAGGUGGUCCAUGCCAAGAUACAGGAGGACUACUCCAAUCUGCAGGACACCCACGCCCAACUCAAAAAAGAUCAUGCGGCUCUGUCCGAGUCUCUUAAGGACACAGAGUCGUCUCGAGAUGAGCUGGCGCAGCAAGUCGAGGCCCAUCGCAAACAAGUUUCGGACCUAGAGGCGCAGCGGGAGGCAUACAAUGUUGAUGUGGAGAUGCGACUGGAGGAGGCCAAAACGAUGGUGCGACGUGCAGAGGCGGACUGGAGGGAGAAGUCGGGGCUGUUGGAUCAAAUGAAGCGCGCAACCAAGGAUCUCGCCAAUCCCCUCAAGCAGUGCCUUAUUGUCGUUGGAAUCCAGCAAGCGGAGCUCGAGAUUUCCGACUUGGAGCAGGUCCGUGAGAAGUUGCAGGCGAUUGAGGAUGGAAUCCAGGCCCUGAUCAAGAAGCACGCUGAUGAGCAGAAGGAAGAGCGUGCGGCACAUGAGGCUCAUUUGACAGAGUUGCGCAAGGAGAACGAGACAAGCCAGGACGUCUUGAACUCGACCAUUAGCAGUCUCAAGAAAGCCUCUCAGGAUGCCGCAGAAGGAACAGCUGCAGUCAGACAGGAGAUGGAGUCCACUGUCAACCGUCUCAAGGAGGAGCUAGAGAAUGUCAAGGUCCAGCAACGAGCGUCUGCCAUCCCCGUGCCUCUGUCCACAACACCCAUCUCUGAAAUGCCAAAGGCAUCGACUUCACCCGUCACCCCUAUGCCUCCGACUCAGCCCCACGGACUCACGGAGCCAUCCGCCACCGCUGAUUCUAUGGUGGAAUCGCUUCGUAUCCGUGACCGUGUGUUGUUGAGCACUCUGGCCCUUGACCUGGGCAUUCCCUUGCCCACGCUCUCUUCUGCAGACGAUCAGGAUGCUGCCUCCUAUCCCACCUCAUCUGUGCUUCUGGACCAGUCGGAAAAGAGAGGCAAAUCAGGAAGCGCUUUGCUCGCACCUACCGCAGUUGUGGCAGGAUCGGUCGUGUUGGGAUCCACCAGUGGAAGCAGCCGCAGCUCUAGCACGACUGUGCCUCUGCCCAAGGACAUUCUUCAGACGUUUGACUUUUCCGACCUGAACGUCCCAGAGGUCACAGCCCUCAUCAAGAAGAAGCUGUUUGAUACGGAGCAUCUUCUCAAGAGAUGGCAGCGGGAAUGCAAGAACCUCAAGGAAAAGUACAACCGUGCUUCGGCCGAGGCCCACGAGAAGAUUGCCUUCCGAAACUUCAAGGUGGACGAUCUGACUCUGUUCCUGCCUACAAGGAACUCGAUCUCCAAGCCCUGGGCUGCGUUCAACAUCAACUUCCCGCACUACUUUUUGCAAAUGACGCCAUCCAUGUCGAACCAGCUGCGGAACCGGGAGUGGAUUGUUGCCAGGAUCACGUCCAUCACAGAGGCUGUUGUUGACAAACGCUUGGCUGUCGAAGCGGCGGCAACGGAAGACGAGACCGGAGGAACAUCAUCAUCCAGCUCGAACGCCGUGUCUGCUCACAAUCCCUUUGGUCUUGCAGAUGGCGUCAAGUAUUACUUGCUAGAUGCGACGAGCUGGAAUGGAUACCAAAGUCACAGCCACGGCCAUGGAAAGUCAUCAUCGUAUCAUUCAAGCAGCGGGCGCGAGAGUAGCAGCAGUAGUAGCAAACUGCGACAUCACUCCUCCACCUCGGCAUUGAACGAGUCAUCGUCCUCUUCCAGACGCGAUCACGAACGGGCCCGAGACAGGAGAGAGCGAGAGCAAGAUUCUGAACGUCGCAAGCAUCGCGAACAGGGGGACGCUCAGGACGACGAAUCUACGGCCCGGUUGAAAACCCUGGCUGAAGGCCAGGAGGAUGAUGCUUCAUCUGUUCGCAGCAAGGAAGGAAUGACGACUACUGAGGCUGACCCUUCCAAGACCUCCAACGCCAACCCAUCUCUUUUGAGCUUGCUCCAGCCCGGUGGCGGAAGUCCGGAGAAUUUCGCUGCAGGCGAAAGUCUAGCCAGCCCGGCGUCUACAGCGACAUUGGCGUCAACAUUGGCGACAUCAUCCACACCUACACCUAGAGGAGCUUUUGCAAUUGAUGUCAACAAGACUGCCGGUCAUCAAGCUUCCAAGCCUCGCAGACCCGACUCGAUGCACAUUGAUUCGACAGCCUCCUCGGUCCACGAGAGUUUGACGACCGCUCAUCUUCCUCCAACAAACCCCUCUGGCAUAUCUGGAGCAGGAAAUCGUUCGUCGCUGGGGGCCUCCGUCUCUGGCUCAGCACCCAUUUCGAUUCCUUAUCAAUCGGCUGCGACGAGUGCCCUCCGCGCGAUUUCGAGCUCUGUUGGCAGCACUGGAUCGGGAGGUUCAGGAUCAAUUUCCUCACUGCUGGCUCAGCAACUGGGGGGUAGCGGUGGUGGAAGUGGCUCGUCGACAACAGCGCUCGCCACCAACAGCCCUCCUCGGCCAAUGAUAUUGUCGUCUUCGCCCCACAAGAUCGGAGUGUCGGCUGUGUCUGCGAUGGGCACGACUGUAAGUGUCAGCAACACGACCGCGACUGGCACGUCAGUCCCUACACAUGGUCACAGUCACGGACAUGGACCUGGCAACCCACAAGGAGGAUCGUCGUCGCCCAACCUUGGGUCGUCUUCGGGAGUGUUUGGGUCCUCAUCGAGCGUGCCCGUUCACCCAAGUCGCCUAAGCACCAGCAGCAACCGGGAUGACCUGGAGCAGUUCGCAGUGUUUGCUACAGAUGAGGACCAGGAGGAAGAGGAUCGUCAACAGCAGCGUGAACACCAACAGCAACAACAACAACAACAACAACAACAACAACAACAGCAGCAGCAGCAGCAGCAGUCGCAUCGAAGUGGAUUCAAUAGAACUUCAUCCUCCAGUUCCACCUGGCAUGGCCAACCUGCUGGAGGCUUGUAA